CUUUGAAAUUAUUUAGUUAUUCUGUUACAAAAGUGAGAGUUCUAUUUGUUGUACAAUUUAACAUUAAUCUCAAUUAUACAAUUUAAUAUGGAAUUAGAUUCAGGAGCUUCAACAAAUGGAGAAGAGUUACCAAAAACAUUUCAAGAACGCUUAAGUGAAAUUCCGACUUACACUAUGACUUUGUCUCAGCUUCAAAGUUGGUACAGUUCGAUUAAAGACAGAAAUGCCAUUUUAAAAAGUGCAAUUAACACAGGAGAGAAUUACGCUAAUCGUUUGGCAGCAGCAGCAAAACCGGUUGUGAUAGCAGCAACAAACACAGCACUCAAAGUUGCAAAGCCAGUUGUUGGAGAAAUAUCUGAUCCAGUUGCUGCAUUAGAUAGCUGUGCAUCAGAGGUUUUAGCAAAAGUACAAGAAAAAGCUCCUUUUAUAAAGCAAACUCCAAAAGAGAUUGCUGAACAUGCAAAAGAAAAGGCACAAGAAACAUCAAGCUAUGUGCUUGAUAAAUUAACAUUGUCAAAUGUUGGUCAAGAGACUACUAAACAACUUGAUAAUGUUGUUUCUUUUUCUGAACUUAUGGUAGAAAUUGUUUUUCCAACAGAUGGAAAAAAUGCAGAAGAUUUAAAAGAAAUAGAAAAAGCUGAAGAAGAUGAAGACAAAGGGCUUGUUGUUCGAGCAGCAAAUCUUAAAGAUAAAACUAUUCGAAGAGGGACUAAAAAACUAAUGACAUAUCAACCUGUUAAAAAAGCUGUUGAUAUGGUUCAAUAUACUCAAGCUCGUAUCAUGGAGAUGACAGAAAAACUCAAACAAGGAUCUAAUUAUGUGACAGUAAAAAGCUUGGAAACCAAAAAUGAUAUUGAAGCAAAAAUACCAGAAAUAAAAAAAGUUGUUGAAGAAAAUUUGACAACAGGUAGUGAGUUCCUAACAAAUAACUGGGAUUAUAUCUACCAGACAACUAUGUAUAUACCAAAAAAAGCUAUUCAAGUUACUGGAGAAGUUUACAUAUCAGCCCAAGAAAUUGUUUUUGCCUAUUCUAAAGCUCACUCUUUAACUGAGAUUCCUCAUGCAGUAGUUGAAAUGGUAGAAAAAUAUUACAAAUCUCUGAAAAGUGAAAAUCUUCCAGAUCUGAAAGAUAAGGCGGUCGCCUUUGUGUAUGUACCUGCUCACGUUGUGUCUGAAUAUAUUCGUUCUACUAAAGUGGUGCAAUGGUUUAUGCCUGAAAAUGUAGAGACAGAGAUGGUUCAAGUUGUUGAAGAAGAUACAAAAAUGUAGUAUUUCCUACCCUUAUAAAUUCUUAUCUUUAUUGUGUUUUCUUGAUAUAAAAUUUUGUAUAAUAUUUAUAUAUUGAAAUCUUUUUUUUUUAAUGCUUAUUUUUAUUUAUUAGUUUUUUUUUUUUGCAUAGAACGGAAAUAAUUUAUAGUCAUAAAUUUAAAUAUGUAUUGAGUUGUAAUAAAUUUGUAUUUAAAAGAAUGAUUUAAGCAAAGUUGUAUUUUUCACAUAAUAGAGAUAUCUUGAGACA